UCGCGGAGGCAGCCCUGCCAUGUACCACUCUGCGUUGUAGGUUUUAUUUAAACGAUACAUUAUGAUUCAUAAGAUUACAUCUGAACACACUCGUCUAGACGAUUCUCUCGAGGGGGUAGAUGGAGAAGGGACGGAUUGGUGGAGGUUAUAAGGAUGAGGAUAUGUUCGGCUUUGACAUAUCGAUGCUGAAGUUCUAUCAGCCAGCAACGAAUAAAAAUUCCGUUCCACUUGGGGAGAGAAGUUCGUGGUCAAGAUUUCAUCGCUGAAGAUUCCUCGUGAUUUUUCAAAAAAAAUUACAAUUAAAUUUGAGAGAGAGAUUUUUGGGAGUUUAUUCACUUUCAAUUUAAGUUGAAGAAUUUUAUUUUAUUUAUAAAUCGAUGAGGACACGAGGGUCCGGGUACCGAGUUCACAUCCACGUGUCCACAAUUUUUGAAAUUAUUCAGUUGUUUGUGGAAGAACUGAGAUAAUUUCCUGGGAAAACUUGGAAAUAUCCUGGAUAGAACCGGAAAUUGGAGUAAAUUUUUGAAAAACGGGGACAAGUUCAGUAGACGGCUGUACGAAAAUCCUGGGGAGGGAAGUAAAAGUGGAGUAUCCGGAUGCUGAUAUAAAGUAAAAAUUUUUUGUCUAUCCCCUCGUAUAAUACAACACUGGGUAUUAGACGGGUCUCCCGCGGUGUGUACUUCUCCUCGCGUUUCUCUGGUGUCUCUCCAGAAUCACCGAGUAGACGGAAUUAUGCUUUCGUGCUGGCGCACCGGCCGACUCAGUUGAGACUUACGGCUCGCACCGUCAACACACCUCUCUGUUAUAAAGUAUUCACGAGUACCUUGAUAAAUCACCAGUACCAGUUGUCCCCCCCGAAUAACAUUGAAAAAUUUCCCCCAAAAACCGAGUGCUAAUCACACCUGGUAACGGGGAAUCCCCGAUUAUUUUGUGAAUUUCGGCGCCACUUGGCUGACAAAAGAUGACCUGAGACGUCUUCGGCGAAGAAGUUAAUCGACAAACUGCCGUGAAAUAGUACUACCCAUUCGAGUGUUUAAAAUCGAUAAAAAUCAUGCAUUACAAUUGUGUAAUCCUGUCGCUGUUGCUGAUCACCACGUGGAUCCGGUGUCACCCGACACCCCCAGGUGAUAUUCAGCAGCACCUUGUGAAGACAAGCAAUCGCCUCCGAAGAAAUUCCAACGGGCCCGAAGAUCCAGCACUCCCCCUCAGUCCCCGAAGACUGGAAAAAAUGCUGGAAAAAGCAAUUCUUAAGAUAAUAACCAGUGAUUUAACCAACUCCAACGUGCUGCUCCUGAAGAGUUUGAACUACAGCCUAGAAGAAGUGCUGGCAAUUCGUGAACGAGAGUUGAAUAAAAAAUUACCGCAAGAUCCUGAGCCCCUGGCAAUGGUAAAACCGGAUGGCAAGGAGAUCCUAGUGGUGAAAGGAGUCGGUAAAAAAUCACCGGAGAUGAUGGACUACGAUGCCUUCAACAGAAAAGCUGUUGAGGAUUACGAGAACAUCGGUAACAAGAUGGAGUAUGCAACGCCGUUGGAUUACGAUGAUACGAUAACACGGGAGAGGAGAAUCGAGGACAAUUCUAACGGUGGGUUUCAUGCUAAUUUUGAUCGGGCCAUGGAGCCCCACGUGGUGUUCAAAAUUCGGUACGAUGAUGCCGAGAUUGAUUCGAAUUCGUUUGAGAGGGACAACGAGCGUGUGGUGGAUUCGAAUUUGGAGGGAAUGAGGAUUUUGGGAAAGACCUCUGGAGAAGCCCCAGGGAUUCGGCAGUCUGGCCAUCCUUCCAGGACAACGAGACCCUCGGAUGAUGAUCCUACAGCGACCCUCGACGCUGGUGAAUCGACUACUGAAGACGCUGGGAUCAACGUCAACGGUGACAACGAAGUUGAUGGCAGACAUUCGGCUGCCAAGAGAAUCAGCGAGUACGAGGGCUUGGAGUGGGUCGAGGAUGAUGUUUAUCGGGUAAUACCAGAAGCCCUCAAUUACGAACUCAAUAAUUAUGAGGAGGAGAAUGAGACGAUGGAGGCGGAAUAUCAGUCUGGGAAUUCGUCGAUCGAGGAGAUGACCAAUGAUUAUUUUGGGUAUCAGGAGGACAGCAGAACGGAUAAUGGUACCGAGGGGAAUCUUACGGAUUAUCAGCAAUUAGCUGCGGCACAUCGAAGGGAGAGGAAUCAAUCGGUCGACAGUCAAGCGCAAAAUGCCAUCGAGGAGAUAAAAAUGCGGGUCCUAGCGAUGACCGGGCGAUUCAAUUUGACCACCAACAACAAUCAAGUGCAACGAGAAAAAUUGACAAUGUUUUCUCCCACUUGUGACGUCCCGAAAAAUACGGAUCCAGAAACUUGGGCUGAUUCGUUCUCGAUGAAUAUGAAUUUUAAAAUGAAUUUGACAUCGAGCGAUCACAUUGUAGCUGCUAGAUUACGAAUCUACAAGCUUCCUCAGGUAAAUCCCACCGCCUCCAGUUCUAGUAUUUCUACGGUGGACGAAGGAGAGGAGGAGGAGAAGAAAAUUCGAAUAUCUGUAUAUUAUUACACGAAGUCUCUGAAGAAACACAGAUCCAAAAAACGCCUAAUGGACUCAGUAGUGACUCCACUGACACCUGCUGGGGGUCACCUGGCGCUGGACGUGAGACAGGCAUUGAGAUUCUGGCGACAACCAUCGAGAGGAACUCACCCAAGCAGCAACAAUAAUCAUGGUAUUGUCGUGCAGGUUGAGGAUCAAGAUGGAAGACCUCUGAAGCCUGCCUUGUACAUUCACCAAGACACCUGUCACACGAACGCCGAGGAUGCAGAUGAGAAGGCAUACCAACGCGUCCCUGCAAUUUUCCUCCAAGCCUGUUCUCGUUAUGUUCGAGUCGUAAAUGGCGAAGCUGUCACAUACGUCAACUGUAAAAAUCUGAGAACCUCUCAGCACUGACGAGACAAUUGAAUUUUUUAAUUUUUUGAUUGAUCCACGGAGGUAUGAGAAAUUCGGCGUCCGAGAGCUGAGGAAAAGUGACACAAGGUGCUCUCUAUGUUUUCCGGUUCGUGAGGAUUUUCACAUAGACUGCUUAAUCUCUAUUUUUUUAUCCCCAGAUGAGAAAUAUACGAUUAUUUAAAUGUUCACAGGCUAAGGUUAAUUUUAAUACUGAUUUUUCAAGAUAAUAAUCUGGAUAGUUAUUCAUAUCAUUAUUAUGUAAAUAGCGCUGGAAAGAUUUUCGAUGUAAUUUGCGUAAUUAUAAUUUCAUUUUCUAUUAUUCUUUUUAAUGACUGAAUUCGGAGUGUAAACUUUUUUUUUCUGCGUUGACAGGGCACGUAGUUAAGUAUCAUUUGUCAGAUGUAUUGAACAUAAGUAUUGUAUAUAAUGUAUAUUGUAUUUUCCUCCUUGCAUUGAAUAAACUUACGUCCAACAAAAA